UAAUGUGCAGAUAUCAGCACAAAUGGAACAUAGCCCUUAAAUUACGUCCUUUUUACCUGGGUGCGAUUAUGCAUGAAUCAGGAAACAAACCCCCAGCUACUGUACCAAAUAAAGGAGCCUACUCGAUCAAGGAUGUGCAAAGGCUUGGGAAGUAUUUUGAUGUACCCAUUAAGUUUCCAAAGAACCCAUUUGAGAUGAUGAUCAUUAAAGGUACUCUCCCAACACAAAGAUUUCUCACAGCCAUUGAUAUGACCCAUCCUGAAAUGCUUGAAAAAGUCUCCAGAGAGCUGUGGAUGAGGAACUGGAAUAGGGAUGAAGAUGUAACUGAGCAGAGUAGUUUGGCUGCAGCAGCAAAAGAAGCAGGAAUGUCUGAAGAAAAUAUAACAGCAGUUUUAAAACUCAUCACUGAUGAAAAGGUUAAAAACAAAUUAAAACAGACUACAAAGGAAGCCACAGAAUUAGGGGCAUUUGGCUCUCCAAUGAUUGUCGUAGAUAUAAAUGGCCAAAAAGAAUGGGUGUUUGGGAGUGACAGAUUCCCAAUACUUGCUGAUUUACUUGGUGAAAAGUGGGAAGGUCCCCUGCCUGGAACAUCAAGCAAACUAUAACAUCGUAGAGCUAUCCAGCUACAGCUUGUUUAUUGUUGAUUUCAUUGUGAUCCAAGUUUUUUUGUUAUAUUUACAAUUGUCAAGCAAGCCUUUUGUCAAAGCAUAAAUAUAAUUGACAAAUUGGUUAAAUUGUUGGUUGUUAAGCAUAUUGUAAAAUUAUACCUUGUAAACAUGGAACAUUGUUAUAGAGUUGUGUAACAAAUGUUAUUUCAAAGAUUUUUUAAAGACAAAAGUGUAAUAUUUAUAAAACAAAUAUUGUAUAAUAAAAUUACAAUCUAGUACCAAU